AUGCCACUGAUGAUGCCUACAAAGACCGUAGUAACCAUCAACUCGACUGGCCGUCAGACGGCCUCAUUUGUCCGCGUCGCCUCUGCUGUAGGCUGGCGCGUGAAAGCCCAGGUUCGAACUUGCGAUGGUCUAGUCGCAGAGGAACUCGCCGCUCUUCCCAAUGUCGAAAUCGUCGAAGGAGAUUUGUGCCAACCAAAGGCUGACCUGAUCCCCUUUCUGAACCAUCUUUUCGAGGGUGCCAAGUUGGCUUUUAUCAAUACUACCCACUGGGGCGAUGAGGUCGCUAUUGGCAAAGCUUGCGCCGACGCUGCCAAAAGGGCAGGCGUGACCCACUACAUCUACUCAUCCAUGCCGGAUCAUUCUGUUUACAAUCCAGACUGGAGACCGCUUCCCUUGUGGGCGCAAAAAUUCACGAUAGAGAACUACGUCCGACAACUUGGAAUCCCCGCCACUUUUACCUACACUGGAAUCUACAAUAAUAACUUUACCUCCCUACCUUACCCGCUGUUCCGCAUGGAACUUCAAGAAGACGGCAGCUUCAUCUGGAAAGCUCCCUUCCAUCCCCACGACCCGUUGCCUUGGCUAGACGCCGAGCAUGAUGUUGGCCCGGCUCUCUUGCAAAUCUUCAAGAUGGGUCCGAACGCCUGGAAAGGCCAAAGGGUUACACUUGCUUUCGAACGACUGAGCCCAGUCCAAGCCUGCGUCAAAUUCUCACGUGGUGUAGGCAGGCCUGUCAAAUACAUACAUGGUCCGAUAGAUAUCGAGGUCUCCAUCCCCAGCGGCUACCGGGAACAUCUGGAAUCGCUUCAGGAGACCCUCGGUGAGAAGAGGGCUGCUUACUUUGGACCUUUGGAAUACCCCCAAGAAGCCAGAAGCCUGUGGGAGGGCUACCGAUCACUCGAGGAAUACGCUCGCGAGGUGUUUCCAGAUGAAGAAGCUGCCAACGGAUUGACAUGGAUGGACGACGACAAGGAGUUCCCCGAGUACGCCGAGAGUAAUGGAGACCCUGAUGAAGAUCGAGACGAGAGUAGCGUGGGAAGCACCACGAAUCACACGCCUUUGUGGACUCCAGGAAUCCGGACGCCAUUCAACCAUCCUGAAGCCGAUGCCCACAACUUUUUCGUGGGCAGCUGUUAA